UUGGGAGGUAAAACGCCCAACUCAACGCUAUCAUGAAAAAGAUAUUGCUACUAGAAAUCCACCCAAGUCUUAAAUCUUUGACCAAUUUACGAUACAGAAUUCAAAAGCCUUUUUUUUUUUUGAAAAUGCUCAAGUUCUAAAUUUAUCUAAUUUGGCCCACAGAAGUAUCAGUGCUAAAGCAACUAAAAAUUUUCAUUUCGCUCUCCAAUUCCACCACUCAUAUCAAGAGCACGGACCAGGACAAAAUACCCGGACAUCGAUGCUGGUUUGGGGUUAAAAUAAAAUAUUCAGAAAAUUACAGAAGGGAAAAUCAAAAGAAGCGGAAUGGCACCUCAGUUAUCAGAAGAUGAGAUUGAUGACCUCAUCUAUUUAGCUCGUACUGGCGACGAUGCAGAGUUCACGGGGAUGGUUCAGGAGCUUGCUGACCGAGAGGGUGCUACACGGGCCGAGAUCAUAGCGGCGGCCAGGGAUGACGGCAAGGCGACCUGCUUGCAUAUGGCAGCAGCAAAUGGUCAUGCGAAAACUGUCACUUUGAUACUCUCACACUUCCCUGCUCCUUCUAAGCCGUCCAGAGAAGCAGCACCUCCGUCAUCUUCCGAUGAAGUGCCACCAUCUACAAGCACGGAAACGGAGGUACCUUAUAUCAAUUUACAGAACUCGUUUGGAAACACAGCCCUGCAUUGGGCUUGUUUAGGUGGUCACCUUGACGUUGUCAAACUUCUCCUAUCGCGAGGCGCUUCACCUACUGCGGCUAACGACAAGGACCAGAUUCCGCUGGACUUGGCAGCCUUCAAUAACCAUAUGCACGUUGUUGAUUACUUCCUAUCGCAGAGCAAAGAUCUUGAGGGUGAUAAUGCUAAGAAAGGUGGGCUAGAGAAGGGCACACAAGAUGUGCAGAUGGCGGAUGAUGAUGGUGCAGCAGGGGGUGGAAAAACAGGGGGUUCAACAGAUGAUCCUAGCAGGUAGCUAGGCUCUGGCUAGGACUGCGAAGUCUGAAUUACAUCAAAAGGUUCUAAUAACGUGAAAUUCGGCGCGGAGUUUCUUUAAGGGCAUAAGGUAAUGCCUGCCCGUCUUGAACUCGGGCAAUAGGUCUAAUCUGAGUACAGGCUGGAUUGUAGUACCCACGAUCAUAUCCCCCUCUUUCAUGGUGUUUUUCCUUAGCACCAAGUUCACACUAAUGUAGAAACAGGUGAGAGUAGGAAUAUGCAUAAAGACUCGACGGUAUUCUCAAUAGUCCGGCUUAGUAACCUAUCUUGUCGCUCUUGUCGCUCUUGUCGCUCUUGUCUUAAUAUCUUUUAAAAAGUAAGACGUUAAAGGAGUAUGAUUCGCCAAGAUGGUGGAUCGCCGUGUUCCUGUCAGACAGGCGAUAAGAUAAUGUAAAAAGCGCGAUUACCUAUCGUUUCUUACAGCUUACUAAUUUUAGAUACCGCUAAGGAAAAACAUUAACAGGCG